AUGAAAGAGCCAGGCGAGGAGCGUAAACCCGCGGGCUACAAGUACCGCCACCCUCCCCAGCACCACUCCAGUGCCAGCUCCAUCGAGAUGGGCCCUAUGGGCACCAUGACGGGCCUCACCACGCCCCUCUCCCAGGCCCCCUGCCCCACCGGCACCUCCAACGGCAGCAUGAGCCUCUACUUCAGCUACAAUGCUGUGGAGAGCCCCCGCUGUCCGCCCUCCAGCGACUCUGGCAUGGCAUUGGGGGGACAGGCCCAAGGGACCCCCUGCGAGGAGGCUGAGCCCCCAGGGGGAGGUGCUGGAAGAGGGGGAGGAGGUGGUGGUGGAAGAGGAGGGGGGUUGAUCUUUACUCCUCCGGAAGUCCUUCAGAUCCUGGAGGAGGUGUCGUAUAUCGCCCAGCGCUUUAGGGACCAGGAUGAGGAAGUGGCGAUCUGCAGCGAGUGGAAGUUUGCUGCUGCCGUGGUGGACAGGCUGUGUCUGGUGGCCUUCACUCUCUUCUCCAUCAUCGGCACCUUCACCAUCCUCAUGUCUGCUCCCAACUUCUUGGAGGCCGUCACCAAGGACUAUCUGAAGAAAUAGUGUCAAUAUAUUAAACCGUAUAGGCCAAUUUCCCAGACACAGAUUAGACCUAGGCCCGGACUAAGAAUCACUUUCAAUUGAGAAUCUCCAUUGAGCAUGCUUUUUAGUCCAGGACUAGGCCAAUGCUGUGUACGGGAAACAAGCCUUACAUAUUCUAUCCAGAUUACUCUGGAGUAUAUUUGAGAAAAUUGGUUUAAUGUAAAUAGAUGUAUACUGUACAUGUAUCAAUGCAAGGGUUGUCCAUAGUCCCGCUCCUCUCCUUAGAUCCAGCUUAACUGAGGUUGUUCCUGUGUGUUGCCAUGCCAUCCAGAUAUCUCAUUAUAAUAUCAACUCGACCUUUGAACUUUGGAUUCAUGGGCAUGCAUUCUACGACCUUUAGAACUUAACUGGACAUUCUGGACUUUGAGCCUUUGUGACAUUAUGUAUCGUUGUUAAAGGAACUGUGUAUAUACAGAGAUGUUUCACUGUGACUAUGAACUUCUUAUCAUUUUCUAACUGUUUUACUUUCACUACAUUAUAAGUUUGCAUACUGUACGUACACACUGUUUACUUUUUGCUUGUCAAUGCUAAAUAGCAGCUAACUUAGAAGUGAUUAGGUGUUCUCUAGGUCCACAAAUGACGUCAUUAACUGUUUGACAUUGACUAUGCCACUCUGUGAUACCAUGGAAUGAUUUGUGACAUCAUGAUGUAAGACUCACAUGUACAUUAGAAGAGGACUCAACCUGCAACAGCCUGCAACAACAGGAGCUAUGGAAACAAACCACUGGACAAAGACAUGACCAUGCGACUAUCAGUGGAUACUGAAGUACUGCACUGGCUGCUAGACAGAAACAACUCCUGCUGAGACUGAGGCUGUCCUAACAUAAAAGGGCGGCAAGUAGCCUAGCGGUUAAGAGUGUUGGGCCAGUAACCGAAAGGUUGCUGGUUCGAAUCCCCGAGCCGACUAGGUGAAACAUCUGUUGAUGUGCCCUCUGGAUAAACGCGUCUGUAAAAUGUAACAUGGACACCAUAAUGCCCCCAUACAUCAGAUAACUACAAUAGAUACAUGUAUUAUUAGUAAUCUGUUGAUAUGACAUAUCUGUGUUUUAUAUAGGGGAAUGGAUAUAGUGGUGUUACAUCUCUUACCUCAAAGGUAGUGGUUACCCCAGGGAGGUUACUAUGAUUAAAGAUCACAGGGGCUGACUCUCUUCCUGUUUUUAUUGAUCGAAACAUACUCAGAUGUCAUGUUCUGUUUUCAUUAGGUAUUAUUAGCCAUAAAGACCAUGGCAUAUGAAAGCUCUCAGGGCAGACAGUCAAUAAGUCAUUGAACUAAACUGCCUGUCAUGUCAGUGAGUCCGUGCAUCUAUCUUUUUCUAUCAAUAACCAUUGUUACUGUAUACUAAACAUAUUUCCCCCACCGCAGAGUCAGUCUUCCUCUGUUGUAACUGUUGUUGUCACACUGCUGUCCUUCUCUUCCUGUGAUUUCUUCGCGCUUCCUUAAUAAACCUCCCAUGUAGCCUAAGAUAAUAAACCUCCCAUGUAGCCUAAGCUAAUAAACCUCCCAUGUAGCCUAAGAUAAGAUCAACCUGGACUAUUAAUUUGGGCAUGAAUGGGCCAGGAGAGGGUCUGACUGGGUGUAUAUGGGGCUGACUGGGUGUACUUUACCAGUCAAAAGUUUGGACACACCUACUCAUUCAAGGGUUUUUCUUAGAGAGAUGGAGAGAGUGAGAGGCAGAGAGAGAGAGAGAGAGAGAGAGAGAGAUGAAGAUAGAUUGGAAAGUAGGGAAAGGGACUAGUUCAGUUAGAAAGACAUUGAACAGGAUAAUAAAGGAUAUUUCUACUGACGCACGGAUCAUCAUAAAAUCAAUGAGCAUCUCUAGGAUAAAGAUAAGACUGGGCUCUGGCUGUGUGUGUGUGUGUGUUUAUCAGUGUGUGUGCCUGUGUGUUUGACAAUGCUGUGGGUUAGCUGAGUUAAAACUGAUGCUAGCGGUGCUAAUAUUUAACCCUCCUUGACUGCUUCUCUGCAGCAAGGCCUAAGGGAAUGCAGGGAUGUAGAGCGGGAGAACAUGUGUGUCAUUCAGACUUAUCUAACUCACAUCACACACACACACAGGAAGUACAUUUUCCUCAAUAAAAUAGCUAUCAGCAAAGUCCGAGCUAGUAAGGGGAGAAAAAAGUAAAGUGCGAGUGUUAGUUCACAAACACAUUUGAAAUACUUUAUUGGAAUCCACCAAUCAAACGUACAUUAAAAAAGGAUCCAAACAUUUCAAAAGGUCCCUGUACGCAUGGACACUCAAGGGUACAAAAAGCACCUCCUUCUCCAAACAGCUAGGCUGCCCAUGAGCAGUACCUGGCCAACUGCUUUGCCCUAGUUUUUAGCAGGCCCGCAAUCUGGAGGCCACGCACUGCAAGCCUGUGUACGUUGCCGAGACUGCCAAAUAUCAGCUUGCACCUACACCCGAGGCUGUCCAAGCGUUCCACGAGCGCUGGUAUUUAAGAAGCUUGUUUGCAAAGGCCUGCUCCAUGUAGCCGUCCGUCCCUCUCCUUGCCCCAACCUGGGCUUGAUCCAGGGACCCUCUGAACACAGACAAGAUAUUAUGCCAACAUUUUGUGACGUAUUUGUUAGUUUUGGUGUUCGGCAGUUUUUUUUUUACGGCUGUUCGAUCACACAAAAACAUUUAUUGAGCCAAGCCGAAGUUCGGUAGCCGAAGUCUACGCCCCUUCAUCUGUGAUUUGUCAACAGUACUUCUCCUAUAGGAGCGGGAACUAUGGACGGGAUUCUUCAAUUAAGUGUUUGUUCAUUCAACAAGACUAGUUUUCAUGCAGAAAUCUUAGACGUAAAAUUGCGCGACUGAAUUAAAGAGUCUGAAUUAAUCUAAGAUAAAUCAAGAAAUAAGUGGCUAUGUUGUUGCUAUGGCGUCUCAAGAGGGACAAACAGUAAAAUUACAGUUUUUUUCUAUUUUUUGAAGCGAAGGUCUUUUUAAGGGAGUUCGCUUCGCCUAGCCGAGCUCUGCUAGGAGCAAACCCAAUCUAGUAUGCGGGCGGCUUAACACACACACUAGCAAUGGUCAUCAAAAUAGUAAAAAAAAAAAUUUUUAAACAAUUAUAAUAAAUGCAACAGUUGGACAAUGGAGGAAGAUACUCCAAACUUGAAUUGUUUUUAUCCUUCAGACAUUGACUGAAUUAUUGAACAUACACAUUUUUACUUGCACAGACAAAUAAUGAAUGGAGUUCAGUGAUUCUGGUGGGAAUUCAGGUAUUCAAUUUGUCAAAUUUCACUUUUUUUUUCUUAGAAUGCAGUCAUAUAUACAGCUCUCUCUUCGUCUGACCAUGUGUUCUCGCAUACCCCGAGAGCAUCUGGUCAGCAGGGUGGUGGCACAGGAAUCCCCAUCUCUCCCAAGUGGACAUUCUCUCUUUUUCCCCUGACCCAUCUGUCUAUCUCCUUAAUUUGAAGUCCAUGCUGUCACAGUCACUAGCCCAUUCAAGCUUAACAUCCUUGUCAUUUAUCGCCCUCCAGGUUCCCUUGGAGAGUUCAUCAAUGAGCUUGACGCCUUGAUAAGUUCCUUUCCUGAGGGUGGCUCACCCCUCACAGUUCUGGGUGACUUCAACCUCCCUACGUCUACCUUUGACUCAUUUCUCUCUGCCUCCUUCUUUCCACUCCUCUCCUCUUUUGACCUCACCCUCUCACCGUCCCCCCCUACUCACAAGGCAGGCAAUACACUUGACCUCAUCUUUACUAGAUGCUGUUCUUCUACUAAUCUCACUGCCACUCCCCUCCGUGUCUCCGACCACUACUUUUUAUCCUUUUCUCUCUCGCUCUCCUCCAACACUACUCACUCUGCCCCUACUCAGAUGGUAAUGCGCCGUCGCAACCUUCGCUCUCUCUCUCCCGCUACUCUCUCCUCUUCCAUCCUAUCAUCUCUUCCCUCUGCUCAAUCCUUCUCCCUCCAAUCUCCUGAUUCUGCCUCCUCAACCCUCCUCUCCUCCCUUUCUGCAUCCUUUGACUCUCUAUGUCCCCUAUCCUCCCGGCCGGCUCGGUCCUCCCCUCCUGCUCCGUGGCUUGACGACUCAUUGCGAGCUCACAGAACAGGGCUCCGGGCAGCCGAGUGGAAAUGGAGGAAAACUAGACUCCCUGCGGACCUGGCAUCUUUUCACUCCCUCCUCUCUACAUUUUCUUCAUCUGUUUCUGCUGCUAAAGCCACUUUGUACCACUCUAAAUUCCAAGCAUCUGCCUCUAAACCCCCCCCCCCCCCUCCCUCUCUGUGGAUGACUUCGUCAACCAUUUUGAAAAGAAGGUUGACGACAUCCGAUCCUUGUUUGUUAAGUCAAAUGACACUGCUGGUCCUGCUUACACUGCCCUACCCUAUGCUUUGACUUCAUUCUCCCCUCUCUCUCCAGAUGAAAUCUUGCGACUUGUGACGGCCGGCCGGCCGCCCAACAACCUGCCCGCUUGACCCUAUCCCCUCCUCUCUUCUCCAGACCAUCUCCGGUGACCUUCUCCCUUACCUCACCUCGCUCAUCAACUCAUCCUUGACCGCUGGCUAUGUCCCUUCCGUCUUCAAGAGAGCGAGAGUUGCACCCCUUCUCAAAAAACCAACACUCGAUCCCUCUGAUGUCAACAACUACAGACCAGUAUCCCUUCUUUCUUUUCUCUCCAAAACUCUUGAGCGUGCCGUCUUUAGCCAACUCUCUUGCUAUCUCUCUCAGAAUGACCUUCUUGAACCAAACCAGUCAGGUUUCAAGACUGGUCAUUCAACUGAGACUGCUCUUCUCUGUGUCACGGAGGCUCUCCACACUGCUAAAGCUAACUCUCUCUCCUCUGCUCUUGUCCUUCUAGACCUGUCUGCUGCCUUUGAUACUGUGAACCAUCAGAUCCUCCUCUCCACCCUCUCCGAGUUGGGUAUCUCCGGCGCGGCUCACUCUUGGAUUGCGUCCUACUUGACCGGUCGCUCCUACCAAGUGGUGUGGCGAGAAUCUGUCUCCGCACCACGUGCUCUCACCACUGGUGUCCCCCAGGGCUCAGUUCUAGGCCCUCUCCUAUUCUCGCUAUACACCAAGUCACUUGGCUCUGUCAUAUCCUCACCUGGCCUCUCCUAUCAUUGCUACGCAGACGACACACAACUAAUCUUCUCCUUUCCCCCUUCUGAUAACCAGGUGGCGAAUCGCAUCUCUGCAUGUCUGGCAGACAUAUCAGUGUGGACCACCUCAAGCUGAACCUCAAGCUGAACCUCAGCAAGACGGAGCUGCUCUUCCUCCCGGGGAAGGACUGCCCGUUCCAUGAUCUCGCCAUCACGGUUGACAACUCCGUUGUGUCCUCCUCCCAGAGUGCGAAGAGCCUUGGCGUGAACCUGGACAACACCCUGUCGUUCUCCGCUAACAUCAAGGCGGUGACCUGAUCCUGUAGGUUCAUGCUCUACAGCAUUCGGAGAGUACGACCCUGCCUUACACAGGAAGCGGCACAGGUCCUAAUCCAGGCACUUGUCAUCUCCCGUCUGGAUUACUGCAACUCGCUGUUGGCUGGGCUCCCUGCCUGUGCCAUUAAACCCCUACAACUCAUCCAGAACGCCGCAGCCCGUCUGGUGUUCAACCUUCCCACGUUCUCUCACGUCACCCCGCUCCUCCGCACACUCCACUGGCUUCCAGUUGAAGCUUGCUUCUGCUACAAGACCAUGGUGCUUGCCUACGGAGCUGUGAGGGGAACGGCACCUCCGUACCUUCAGGCUCUGAUCAGUCCCUACACCCAAACGAGGGCAUUGCGUUCAUCCACCUCUGGCCAGCUGGCCCCCCUACCUCUGCGGAAGCAAAGUUCCCGCUCAGCCCAGUCAAAACUGUUCGCUGCUCUGGCACCCCAAUGGUGGAACAAGCUCCCUCACGACGCCAGGACAGCGGAGUCACUCACCACCUUCCGGAGACACUUGAAACCCCACCUCUUUAAGGAAUACCUGGGAUAGGAUAAAGUAAUCCUUCUACCCCCCCUUACCCCACCCAAAAAAUAAAAAAUAAACAUAUUGUAAAGUGGUUAUCCCACUGGCUAUAAGGUGAAUGCACCAAUUUGUAAGUCGCUCUGGAUAAGAGCGUCUGCUAAAUGACGUAAAUGUAAAAUGUAAAUGUUCUAAUAGUAUCUGGUUUUUUAAAUUAGUUUUGUGCCUCAUUUGCAUAAAUACAAUGUGUGUUAUUUUCACAUAUGAAUACAUUAACAUAAAGGGGUGAAACAGGGCUGCAACCACCAAACACUUGCUAUGUCUAGGCCUACCUGCACUCACCUGCGCUCUCUAGACUGCCUCAUUAAUUACUGUUGUUGUCACUCUGUUGCAUAAUUCAACAAGUGUCAAUAGCAGAAUACCCUCGGAUUAAAGAUCAACACACUUGGCUCUAGAUUAUACCUAUCUAUACAUACUUUACAUCGUUUUUCAGAUCAGAAAUAAUAUUACUAUAAUGCGAGUGUUAAUUUUCUGAAGUUUCUUUCAUUUCAGCGCAACUCCUUUGUAAACAUUUCAACUGUAUUAAAUUAUAAUAUUUUGUGGAAUUGAAAAAAGUUAACUUUAUUUUGAUGGGUGUUAUCUUCUCUUUCUUGUGUGUCAAGACGACGCGUUAAAUCCCAGACGACGCUUUAGCAUUCUUAUAGAUGCAAUAGAAGGACAAUGUACAGUGCCUUCAGAAAGUAUUCAUACCACUUGACAUAUUCCACAUUUUGUUGGGUUACAGCCUGAAUUCAAAAUGGAUUAAAUAGAUUUUAUAUUCUCACCCAUCUACACACAAUACCCCAUAAUGACAAUGUGAAAACAUGUUUAUAGAAAUCUUUGCAAAUGUAUUGAAAAUGAAAUACAGAAAUAUCUAAUUUACAUAUGUAGUCACACUCCUGAGUCAAAACAUGUUAGAAUCACCUUUGGCAGCGAUUACAGCUGUGAGUCUCUAAGAGCUUUGUAUACCUGGAUUGUACAAUAUUUGCACAUUAUUCUUCUUAAAAUUCUUCAAGCUCUGUCAAGUCGGUUGUUGAUCAUUGCUAGACAGCCAUUUUCAAGUAUUGUCAUAGAUUUUCAAGCCGAUUUAAGUCAAAACUGUAACUAGGCCACUCAGGAACAUUCAAUGUCGUCUUGGUAAGCAACUUCAGUGUAUAUUUGGCCUUGUGUUUUAGGUUAUUGUCCUGCUGAAAGGGGAAUUUGUCUCCUAGUGUCUGUUGGAAAGCAGACUGAACCAGGUUUUCCUCUAGGAUUUUGCCUGUGCUUAGCUCUAUUCCAUUUAUUUUUAUCCUAAAAAAACUCCAUAGUCCUUGCCGUAUACCCAUAACAUGAUGUAGCCACCACCAUGCUUGAAAAUAUGAAGAGUGGUACUCAGUGAUGUGUUGGAUUUGCCCCAGACUUAACGCUUUGUAUUCAGGACAUAAAGUUAAUUUCUUUGCCACAUUUCAUGCAGUUUUACUUGAGUGCCUUAUUGCAAACUGGAUGCAUUUGUUUUGAAUAUUCUUAUUCUGUAAAGGCUUCCUAUUUCACUCUGUCAUUUAGGUUAGUAUUGUGGAGUAACUACAAUGUUGUUGAUUCAGCCUCUGUUUUCUCCUAUCACAGCCAUUAAAUUCUAACUGCUUCAAAGUCACCAUUGGCCUCAUGGUGAAAUCCCUGAGCAGUUUCCUUCCUCUCCGGCACCUGAGUUAGGAAGGACGCCUGUAUCUUUGUAAUGACUGGUUGUAUUGAUAUACCAUCCAAAGUUUAAUUAACCCCCUAGAGUCAAUUGACAUUGUGCAUCAAUCAAAGUUACAUUUUAAAAAAUCCCCAUCAAAAUCAUUCAGUUUAAGCUAGAGAUAUUUCUUGCAUUGGAUGCGUCUCAAUCCACUGCAUCCGCCAGUGUCGCACUUCGCAGAGCUAGGAGUGGUGUUUGUCAGACCAUGAGACAUCCCGAAAAUCGGUCUUCAUUGUUUGUGAGAUCAGACAUAAUAUCCCUAUAAUCCGAGUGUUCAAUUUCGGAAGUUGCUUUCAUUUCAGUGCAUCUAUCUCUUAGAUUUAGGACAGACACUUCAAAACCUUGACUUACAGGAGCAAUUUGGGUUAAGUGCCUUGCUCAAGGGCACAUCGACAGAUUUUUCACCUAGUCGGCUCGGGGAUUAGAACCAGCAACCUUUCGAUUACUAGCACAACGCUCUUAACCACUAAACUACCUGCCGCCCUAGUGUCUCACACACACACACAACUGAUACUAAUGAAGUGAAAUGAACUAAUGAUAGCUACUUUAUGGAGGAAAUAUUUACUUACUAUGACUGAGAGUGGUUGUUGUCAUCUUAAGAUGAAUGCACUAACUGUAAGUCUGUUAAAUGACUCAAAUGUAAAAUAUAAAUGAAGUGCAUUUUUUGUAGACGAGGGCCCAUGUGACAUGAACGUGCUAGCGUCUGCACACACACCUGAUGAUGUAAUACAGGUCUGUAGAUGAACACACACACUUCAAGUGCGUUUAUUGUAGACGGUGCCCCAUAUGACAUGCAUCUGGCCAGUCUGUGUGUGUGUGUGUUUGUUUGUGUCCAUUUCAUUGUAAUAAUGGCCAAUGCUUUUUGGCUCAGAGACAGACAGACUCCUUCUUAUGUGGGGUUAAUCCCUGUGCCAGACAGAUUACCCCAGCUCUAAGUACUUCAGACAGAGACAGACAGAGACAAAGAGAGUGUGAGAGCAGAUGAGAAUGUGGAGCAGUCCAGGGACAUUUGUGUGUUGUGUAGUGUUUGUUUGUUUGUUUGUGUAUACCGCAGCCUAUCUUUGUUUACCUCCGCUAUUAGCAGAGGCCUGCUUCCCACAGUUAUGAGAGAGAGAGAGAGAGAGAGAAGGCAUGUAUAUGAAAGGAAGAGAGCGAAAGGGAGAGGGGGAGUGAGGAAGAUACAGAGUUAGAUGAUAAAGAAGAGAGACAGAUAAUAACAGUUUAUUCGAGUGCAGAUCUGUCAGUCCUAUUUAAACAGUACACACACACGCCUUGCUUGCAGCUGAAGUUAAUGAGGUACAUAUUGAUUAUCACAUAAACUAGCCGCUGCUGAAAAUUUUGCAUGACAUGACAUCCCUCCCCAUCUAAUUAGAAAUCUUCCACGGCUGAUUGUGGCUGAGCAGGAUGAGCGUGGACAACACACACACACAAACAGAACAGGUAGCCUAUAUUCAAUAUAAUACAUGAGUUAAAGUUUUACACCAUAAUUCAUGAGUUAUUGCUUGGAGUCUUCACAGAUUGCAUGACAUACAACACUACCAUUCUUUCCUUACAUUAAUUACAUUUAUGACAGUGUUAUUUGUAAUUAAGCAUUUUACAAUUUUAGUCAUUUAGUGAGCCGAAGUGCAAUCAAAACGUCAUCAUUGAAAAGGAACAGGCACAACGCGCACUUACAGUGCCUUGCAAAAGUAUUCAUCCCCCUUGGCGUUUUUCCUAUUUUGUUGCAUUACAACCUGUAAUUUAAAUGGAUUUUUAUUUGGAUUUCAUGUAAUGGACAUACACAAAAUAGUCCAAAUUGGUGAAGUGAAAUGAAAAAAAGAACUUGUUUCAUAAAAUUCAAAAAAAAAAAGAAAGAACGGAAAAAUGGUGCGUGCAUAUGGAUUCACCCCCUUUGCUAUGAAGCCCCUAAAUAAGAUCUGGUGCAACCAAUUACCUUCAGAAGUCACAUAAUUAGUUAGAUUGCACACAGGUAGACUUUAUUUAAGUAUCACAUGAUCUGUCACAUGAUCUCAGUAUAUAUACACACCUGUUCUGAAAGGCCCCAGAGUCUGCAACACCACUAAGCAAGGGGCACCACCAAGCAAGCGGCACCAUGAAGACCAAGAAGCUCUCCAAACAGGUCAGGGACAAAGUUGUAGAGAAGUACAGAUCAGGGUUGGGUUAUAAAAAAAAGAUCUGAAACUUUGAACAUCCCACGGAGCACCAUUAAAUCCAUUAUUAAAAAAUUGAAAGAAUAUGGCACCACCACAAACCUGCCAAGUGAGGGCCGCCCACCAAAACUCACAGACCAGGCAAGGAGGGCAUUAAUCAGAGAGGCAACAAAGAGACCAAAUAUAACCCUGAAGGAGCUGCAAAGCUCCACAGCGGAGAUUGGAGUAUCUGUCCAUAGGACCACUUUAAGCCGUACACUCCACAGAGCUGGGCUUUACAGAAGUGGCCAGAAAAAAGCCAUUGCUUAAAGAAAAAAAUAAGCAAACACGUUUGGUGUUCGCCAAAAGGCAUGUGGGAGACUCCCCAAACAUAUGGAAGAAGGUACUCUGGUCAGAUGAGACUAAAAUUGAGCUUUUUGGCCAUCAAGGAAAACGCUAUGUCUGGCGCAAAUCCAACACCUCUCAUCACCCCGAGAACACCAUCCCCACAGUGAAGCAUGGUGGUGGCAGCAUCAUGCUGUGGGGAUGUUUUUCCAUCGGCAGGGACUGGGAAACUGGUCAGAAUUGAAGGAAUGAUGGAUGGCGCUAAAUACAGGGAAAUUCUUGAGGGAAACCUGUUUCAGUCUUCCAGAGAUUUGAGACUGGGACGGAGGUUCACCUUCCAGCAGGACAAUGACCCUAAGCAUACUGCUAAAGCAACACUCGAGUGGUUUAAGGGGAAACAUUUAAAUGUCUUGGAAUGGCCUAGUCAAAGCCCAGACGUCAAUCCAAUUGAGAAUCUGUGGUAUGACUUAAAGAUUGCUGGAGCAGUGUUGCCUUGAAGAAUGGGCAAACAUCCCAGUGGCUAGAUGUGCCAAGUUUAUAGAGACAUACCCGAAGAGACUUGCAGCUGUAAUUGCUGCCAAAGGUGGCUCUACAAAUUAUUGACUUUGGGGGGGUGAAUAGUUAUGCACGCUCAAGUUCUGUUUUUUUGUCUUAUUUCUUGUUUGUUUCACAAGAAAAAAGAUUUAGCAUCUUCAAAGUGGUAGGCAUGUUGUGUAAAUCAAAUGAUACAACCCCCCCAAAAAUCAGGUUGUAAGGCAACAAAAUAGGAAAAAUGCCAAGGGGGGUGAAUACUUUCACAAGCCACUGCAGGUUAGGAUACUAUCGUGAGCGAGCGUUGCGCCUUUUCAUUUUCAAAAGUAUUGAUUACCCAUUUAUUUGUCUCUGCCUGCAAAUCGUCCUCCUAAAAGGUAGGCUAUAACCUAUAGGACUAUGCAAAACGUAGUAAGUGUCGCUGUCAUCAUUGUUGCUGCUUCCAGUUCAGUAGCCAUACCUGUGAGAUCAGGUGCGUGUGUGGUCUUAAUUAAAUAGAGUAGGCUAUAGCCUAUGCAUGGGUGGAGAUGCGCGGGGCAGUUAUCUUUCCAAGGAAAUGUACUUCCUAAAUAGGCCUAUGAUUAGGCUAUAGUUUACUACAUUGCCUAGAAAUAGGCCUAGAUAUUGAUCACCCAUAUUUCUCAGUCUGAAAAUCUUCCCAGUCCUAAAAGGUAGGCUAUAAACAUUUCUCAAGAGAAAGUGCAAGUCUCUCCAACCCUGCUCUCUUCAAACUACAUCUAGCAUAUUGGCUGAUAUAGCCCGGUAAUACAAUAAAAGGGCCAUAUGAAGCCUGUAAGAGUAGAGCUGUUUAUUACUGUGUCAGUGUGAAAAGCAGGGAAUUAGCUAGGACAUAAAUGCAAUUUCAGAAUGUGGGGCGGACAAGACCCCCCCCCGUCCCCCGUCCCCAGCGAAAGUUGUGCCCCUGGCUGAAGGGGUAAAGCAAUACAACUGUAUAAAAGAGUAAUGCUUUUGAAAUCCAAUUCAAUUUCACUCCAGGGCAGUGGCGGCUCCUGAAAAAAUUCUCAGGGGGGGCAAUUUUUCUGAUGAUUUAGGUGACCUACACACAUUUUAAAAAAGAUAUGUCCAGCAAAAGAGACCCAUGGGGCGGCGCACAAUUGGCCCAGCGUCGUCCAGGGUAGGGGAGGGAAUGGCCGGCAGGGGAUGUAGCUCAGUUGGUAGAGCAUGGCGUUUGCAACGCCAGGGUUGUGGGUUCGAUAAAAUAAUGUAUGCGCUAACUGUAAGUCGCUCUGGAUAAGAGCGUCUGCUAAAUGACGUAAAUGUAAAUGUAACAACAUGAAGACAGGGGCAGCAUAUAAGUCAAUACUGAUAUACACAUUACUUGCUUCAAAAAGGCCUCAUGGUUGAAUAGGAAAUAUGUGCACCUGAGCAUAAUUCACAACAAGCAAGCAGGAGCUUUUGAUAGAGGCUACUGAAAAUAUUGAUGCAAGUUAUUGGUAAUAAGAAAUUUUUAUAGACUUCCAUAUUCUGCCCUCUUGUAUAGAUUUGUGAAAAUGAACAGUGAUAGAAAUUUUGCCUGAAAACAGAAUUUGAAAAUAAUUUCUAGAAAAGGUAAACACAGCUAUCUGUAUGGCUUUGUAAAAAUGAACAACCAUAUUCUGGCCAAUUGUAUAGAUUUGUAAAAAUGAACAUGAACAGAUAUUUUUUUUUUUUUUACUUUUUAAAAAAUGAAAAAUAACUAUUUUAAACAACAUCAACUGUGAACUGAUUUGGGCGUGUGUGUGUUAAAGAGACAGACAGGGAGGGACAAAGAGAGAGAGAGGCUACAUUACUUGUACUGAAACUGUUCUAGCUUGCUGUAUGAUCAAAUUCAGCUGAUGCGCAUAGCAAUGCACGUAAUGGGCAUUCUUGAAAUGCUUACGCACCUUUUGCUGCACACCAGCCUUCUCUCCCCUCACACUGGCUCCAUCGUAAGCUUGCGCAAUGAGUUUGACUUUCUCGUCGUCGGCAAAAAGACCGUUCAGUCUCUCCAAAAGCACACUGGCGAUUGAGACUGAGGUUGAUUCCGAGAUGGGAAGGAACUCAAAAAAGCGCUCAUGCACUUUGUGGUUGCUAUCUAUGUACCUCAGCACAAGCACCAGCUGUGUCUGUGUAGAAACGUCCGUGGUCUCGUCAGCUUGGAUAGCUACGAAGUUCGCCGACUUCACCUCCUCCACAAUAUGUUCCCUCAUGACCGCUAGCAUACACUCCAGUAGCUCGUUUUGAAUGGUCUUUGAUGUGCCCUUGAAAACUUUAGCAUUUUUAAGAUGGUCAUCAAACACCUCAUCUAAUUGUGCCACAAAGUUGACAAGUCCAAGAAAAAUACCAGGGUUGGUGGAGCCCUCAGUUUCAUCUUUGCCUCGCAAAGCUAGCCAUCUUGACAGUUGUACGUGAAUUGAUUGACGCUGCUACCCGCUCUUUUCUUAGUUAUGUUCAUGGUUACUUAUGUUACGUAUGACGAAAGCGCGUAAGUGCAAGCCCUCCCGGAACCCAUAGAGAUUGUAUUGAAAGCUCUGAUAUUUGAAAAAAAAAAUAUUUUACAUGAUAGUCUAUGAGAGACUCCUGGGCGAUUUUCAACCUGACUGAAAUCGCCCCAAAAGGGGCGGGGCCAUUUGAAGCACGACUUUAGCCUGAUUGGACAUUUAGUGGCAGAUCAGACGUCUAGAUUAGAACACUGAAAACUACUGUUGCCGUGAUAUAAUUGAUUAGAAAAAAAAUCCCUUCCUUUUCCCAUUUGGCAGUGCGUCGCCCAUAUCGCCCUAAUGAACACACCGCCCCUGCUCCAGGGUACAAUAUGGUAGAGACCUCUAUACCUGGUAAAGUGCUGAGUUGGCAGAUAUAAGUUAUGAGGAAAAUAGUGGAAAUGGAGGUGUAUGUUUGAGACAGAGAUAGGAAAGUGAGAUAGAGAGAGGGAAGAGCGAGAACUACCACAAACUCCCUCCAGCCACCUCAGCGUACAAAUUGUACUGACCACUGUACCAAAACUAAGGUUGACUGCAAAACAGGGAUAACGCAGCCAAAUUAUAUGCAAAAGAUUCAAACAGAAGGGAGAAACAUGUUUAUUUUUCAUGGUUUGACUAAUUCUGGAACUGACGAUGGAACAUUAAUGCCUGCGUUGGAAAAAGGCUCCUUCACAUCAGAUAAAAGAGCAAGUUUGAUUGAAAUUCCAAUUAGGUAAAUUGCCUUUUUAAGAGUAGUUCAUAUGUUUUUAAUCAUGUUUAUGUACUGAGUAAGUACGAUAUCUGAUGUUUAUAUGGGUGGUGUUCUGGAGAAUGUUUCAUGGCUAGCUCCAUCAGUGAAUGAUGGCUUGUGAUUGGCCUGGCAUAGCAAACAAAUUAUCUCAUCUGUUGCUCUUUACCCCCAGCUGCUCCCACCCAACCUAUCCCUCCCUUAGGGGGAAAAAAAAGGUGCUACCGAGAACCUAAAAAGGGUUUUAUAGGAGAACACGUUUUGGUUCCAGGUAGAACCCUUUUGGGUUCCAUGUAGAACCAUUUCCACAGAGGGUUCUACCUGGGACCAAAAGGGGUUCUGCCUGGAACCAAAAAGGGUUCUACCUAGAACCAAAAAGGGUUACCCUAUGGGGACAGCUGAAGAACCAGUUUGGGACCCUUUUUUCUGAGUGUAUGAAGCACCCUCCUUCCCACCCAUCCACUCUCCCUCCUUCCUGUGUUGAUAUCACAUGCUGGGGACCGCAUGAGACCACCAUAUGACCAUGUGUGACCAGACUGUGAUUGUGUGAUACGAGACUGCAUAAGAUCAUGGUGUCAAAAGGCGGUGUCAGAAGAAGGCCCUAAAAUUGUCAGACUCCAGCCACCCAUACUGUUCUCUCUGCUACCGCACAGCAAGCGGUACUGAUGCACCAAGUCUGGAACCAACAGGACCCUGAACAGCUUCUAUCCCCAAGCCAUAAGACUGCUAAAUAGUUAUUUAAAUAGUUAACCAAUAGCUACCCGGACUAUCUGCAUUGACCUUUUUGCACUAACUCUUGACUCAUCACAUAAAUUGCUGCUACUGUUUAUUAUCUAUCCUGUUGCCUAAUCACUUUAUCCUUACCUACAUAUACACACACACAUAUCUACCUCAAUUACCUCAUACCCCUGCACAUCGACUCAGUACUGGUACUCCCUGUAUAUAGCCAAGUUAUUGUAACUCAUUGUGUUAUUAUUUUUCAUUUAUUUUUCUGCAUUGUUGGGAAGGGGCCAUAAGUAAGCAUUUCACUGUUAGUCCUACACCUGCUGUUUAUGAAGCAUGUGACAAAUAACAUUUGAUUUGAUUUAGAAUUCAGUCAGAAGAGAGAUGCUGAAGCACUAGGGGUGCUAGUCCCGUGUAGCUCAGUUGGUAGAGCAUGGCGUUUGCAACGCCAGGGUUGUGGGUUCAUUUCCCACGGGGGACCAGUAUGAAAAAAAUUAAAUUAUGCACUCACUAACUGUAAGUCGCUCUGGAUAAGAGCGUCUGCUAAAUGACUAAAAUGGGUAAAGCAAUACAACUGUAUAAAAUAAUAAUGCGUUUGAAAUUUAAUUCAAUUUCAUUCCAGGGUACAAUAUGGUAGAGACCUCUAUACCUGGUAAAGUGCUGGGUCGGCAGAUAUAAGUUAUGAGACAAAUAGUGGAAAUGGAGGUGUGUGUGUGUGUGAGAUAGGACGGGAAAGUAAGAGAGAGCGAGAGUGAGAACUACCGCAAACUCCCUCCAUCCCACCUCAGCGUACAAAUUGCCCUGAACACUGUACCAAAACUAAGGUUGUCUGCAAUACGGGGAAAAUGCAGUCAAAUGACAUCCACAUGUUUAUUAUUCAUGGUUUGGCAAAUUCUGGAACUAACGAUGGAAUAUUAAUGCCUGCGUUGGAAAAAGGCUUCUUCAUAUCAGAUAAAAGAGCAAGUUCGAUUGAAAUUCCAAUUAGGUACAUUUCAUUUUUGAAGAGUAGUUCAUAUGUUUUUAAUAAUGUUUAUGUACUGAGUAAGUAUGAUAUCUGAUGUUUGUAUGGGUGGUGUUCUGGUGAAUAUUUAAUGGAUAGCUCCAUCAGUGACUGAUGGCUUGUGAUUGGCUUGGCAUAGUAAACAAAUCCUCUCAUUUCUGUUAGUCUUCUUUGCCCCCUGCUGCUCCCACACCAACCUAUCCCUUCCUUAGAAAAAAAUAUAUGCUAUCUAGAACCUAAAAGGGUUCUUCGGCUGUCCCCAUAGGAGAACCAUUUCCACAGACGGUUCUACCUGGAACCAAAAAGGGUUAUCCUAUGGGGACAGCCGAAGAACCCGUUUGGAACCUUUCUCCCUCGAGGACACACAGUAAAAACCACUGAGGGUGCUGCAGGCUCAGCCAGGUGUGAGAUGAGUGCAGCCCCCCAGCCUCCCAUUGCUCCAACGUCUGUCCAGUCCUCUCACCCUGACAGAGCAUCACACACACCCCACUCUCUCACCCCAUCGCAUACACAUUAAGACCCUCUUCACAGACCUCACUCUCUCUCCCUCUCUUCUAGACCAGGUUGGUGUGUGUGUGUGUAUAGCAGUGUGUAAAUCAGUGUGAAACACUGACGUCUAACCUCCAACAGAGCAGUCCUACACAUACAGUGAGCAGAGAGAGAGAGUAAGAAAAGUAAGAAGCUGUCAACUGUUGUGGAUGCUUGUUUUGCAUAUUUCAAUGUUCACUCAUAAAUAAUUUACAUUUGUCUGAGACAUGGAUUUAUGUGCGGUCUGAGAUCGACCUUUGAAUUUGAAUGUGUCUAGACCAGAACACACCUGUAAUUUCCUGUGAUUGUCACCAGUAAUGGUUGCCAUGGAAGUCUCACAUUCCCGAACAUAAUGACUUACCUACCAUUAAACCAUCCCUGACCACCAUGUAGACGGCAGAAGAAAUAGGAAGGUAAAUGAAGACUUGAUAUGGGAGACGACAGAGAACCAGGGAUGGGUAGGGACUCAUACUCAUGCAGGCCAGGGUCCCUGACACCUCCCACUGGGCCAGAGGAGACUGUAAUAUACAUUACAUUACAUACAACACAUUCUGGAUGCUGAGAUCAACUAAACAGGAUAGGAGGUCAUCGCAGGUGAGCAGGAAAUCCCCUGUGCACAGACAUGACACUAAUUAUAUUGGUUGAUUUAUGUUUCUAUGCACUUUACGUCCAUAUGGUUUUAUGUAACACACAUCUAAUGCUAUAACUAGAUCUACAGGGAGUUGUGUUUGGCAGCCAAGCCCGAAUCCUUUGUGUUCAGAUGAAAAUUACACCCGGCCAUAGUAGUAACACAGAUAGAACAAUGAGACAGAUAUUUCACCAGAUGUAUAAAUGUGAAGCAUCCGCUUGGCGUUUCCACUCACUACCAAAUAUGGUGGUGAGAGGAAGCCCACUGGUCGGCAAUGGGAGAAGAUGGAACGAGAUGGAUUUUGGCCGAUAUUCUGCAAAUGUUCUCAUCGAUGAAACAUUUGAUCUCAAUACAGUUUUCUGUUCCCAAAACUAAAAUCUGUUAAGAACACUAAGUUAUGUAGACUUUGCCCUUUCCAAAAGUUUUUAAAAAUUGCGUUGUUUAGAAGGUGCACAAAGGCGAAUGGAGUUAUUGCACAAGUGCACUUCACAUAGUAGGCAUUCCCUAACAGAAAAUACAGAUGAUGCUAGAACACGCCAAUAGGAUCUCGCUAGCUCGUGCUUGGAUCUGCUCACCUCCUUGCUUGUUCUGGCCACUAUGACUCACUUGUUCCCAUUGGAAACGACAGGCUGUGGUCUAUCUUGGUUUAGUUAUAAAAAUAUUUGGUAGUAAUCUGUGGUCUGCAUAAUGUCAUAUGGCCAUACCUACUGUGUCGUUCACUGUGGCAGACAGUCAGCUUCAACAGCAGGAGUAGCACUCUAAUGGAAUGACAUGCUGGGCUUUACACAGCCCUCUCUCUAAGCGCAGCAGCCAUGAGACACAGAGACACACACACACGCACACUGGCUGUACACAGAUCUGAAUUAGGGCAACUGUGGAUGUGCAUUUGGAUUAACACUCUGGGCCAUUUUAGAAAACACUCCUGGGUUGAUUCCUCUCCUGACAGUGUUAACCCCUGACUGAAACAGCUGACCUGGUACAUGUAGCUACAGCUAUGUUGUGUACCCUUUUGGAAUGCUUUCUCAGACAGAAAACAGGUAGGCUUCUGUCAAGUUCUCUUUUCCACAUGAAAUUACCUACUGGUGCAAAUGACCUGAAUUGUUAUUGCUCACAGACCAAUCUGGGCAAUGUCUCUGCAGAAUGUGUGUGUUUACACUGUAUACAGGAUGGUAUGCUUGUUGGAACCUCUCUGGUUGUCAGCCCUGAUAUCCCUUAGAGGCUUGUCCCUGCCUGCCUGCCUGCCUGUGUCCCUGUCUAUCUGCCUGCCUGUCUGCCCUGAUCAGGGGUGGGCGGGACACAAUAACACAGUCUCACAGUAAAACCAAAAACUAACACAAGCAAAAACGCCAAGCUAACAGAGUUUAAAACCUUGGGACAGAAUGGAGAGGGUUUUUGUUCUCAAUUUUAGUAGCACCCCCCCCCAAAACCCUGUCCUCCUCCUCACCACCUCUACCAAAGAAAGAAAGUGUGAGAGUUGUCCAAAGAGACUAAAAGUUCCAUCCUUAAAUGAGAACAGACAAGGCCCAGAACCCCCGGAGAGGCAUAACAAAAGCACUCCGAAAAACACUUCUGUUCUAACUCUGAGGGUAGCUCCAGUCUACUGGGUCUCCGGGCAGGUCACACACUCACAGAGAGGAAUAGGGAACGGACAUCCCAGAACUAGAAUUUAAUUAAAUCCAAAAACAUCGUAUCUGUUAAAAAGAUCAGUUGGCUCCGGAUUUCUCAAAUGUUCUGUAUUAAAUACAUUUAUCAAGGUAAGACCUAUUGAGAUCGAUUUUACAAGGAGCCCUGGCCAGCAGGCAGCAUCACAAUCAACCACACAGAUCUACCAUGACAUGACCCACAAGCUCACCCCUUCUCAAGGGAACAUUUUCAGUCGCUCCUGCAACGGAGGCAGUACUGAUCUGCCACUGUCGCUUACCGUACCAUGGCCCUGUCUGUCAGACAGACUCACUGAGGAGAGGAGGUGAUCUGUGUCUACACUGCACUGCUGAUAGUUUGAUCUCCUCUUUCCUUCUCUCUGCCUCGUAGAGUGGCCCCAUCGACGUGUGUAAUCAUCCAGUAGUUUUAUCUUCCUCAGGAGAAUGAAGACAGUCAACCCCAUGGCUCCCCUGUCUGUCGCCCCUCUCACCCUGACUCUGGGCCUGUGGAUAAAGGCUAUUGAUCCAUCGACCGCGUGUCGCCAUGAUGGCUGCAUUGUUUUAUACUGGCUGUCAGUGGAUGGAGAAACACAUUAAAUUGAGGGUUUCACUGCAGGCCGGGGCCAAACCUCUGCCCUGAGGGACAAUAGUGUCUGCUUACAGUAUGACAUAAAUCAGUAUCCACUCAUGUCCUUGGUCAUGAGUCAGAUACGGUUUGUAAUAACUAAAUUGAAGAGGGAAUAUGGGAACUUGCAAACUUGUAGUGUAUUUGAGUUUUUAAAAAGCUUCUAUAGAUAGAAAUUUCAAAUUGGAAAUUACAAACUUGAUUAGCCCUCAUGAAAAUGUAUCAACUCCUACAAAAAUGGCCAUUAACUAUAAUCCACAUUUCCUGUUGCUAAAUGAUUAUUUUCCUGUAGCAAACUGGCUCAAUUUAUGAUCCUAAAUCUGGGAAUGGCCAUCUCCUGUGUGCGACAUAUAACAUAAAUGGAAGGCGUCCAAGAGUGAACUCUGAACAGUCCCCUUUCAAGCAGUUUUUAGAGUCUAGCUGUGAACCGGAGGGAUUUUCUUUUGCUACUAUAUAACUGGUAUAAUACAUCUCCCUCCUAUCCAGUCAUUUGAUCUUGAGUGAUAGGACACAUAGGAUAGAGUUGGUAAUAAUAGUAUGAAGCAUUGACCACCAGUGGUACUGAGUUGCAUUUACAGAGGAGAACAUUUCAGUACAAACAUUUUGAGGUGAUUGGAGCUGGAAGACACACAAGCCUCUUUGGUCUUUCCUCACCUUAGGUAACUGGAUGUGGCAGCAGGUGCAGAUGAGACAAAAUUAAAAGUAGUGUCUCUGAAAAUAAACAAGGCAUCAAGCACACACACAACUAAACCGCAGAGACCACAGACAUGCACAGGGACUUGACUCACAUCGUCCCCCAAAAGGAAUGAAUCGAUCAAGGUAUGGCUAAAAUCACAAUUACCCAUUCAGGACACAGGCCUAACUCGAGGCCCCUUUUAAAAUCACUCCCUCCCUACCGACUAUUUUCCCCUCCCUGUCAUUUCUGUGAUAGCAGGCGUCUAAACACCCUUUGCUGAGCUGGUCCCUCAUGGGUGUGAUGUGGGCUAACACACACACACACAAACACACGUGUCUUGUCUGACGUCAGUGGGCUGGAGGAACAUUACCCAACGGGCGUGUGAUGAGAUUAAACAAAAGCAGCGAGUGGUACGGUGCUCUGCUCCCACGCCAUACCUCACUGGCUUACCGGCCUUGUGGGAGGGGACUGGCUGCUCCUGUAGACCUACACUGCUGAUCAGACUAUAGAGUAUUCCAGAGCCAUUCCUCACCAUACAACAGUACUACUCGUGUACUAGUACUACUCGUGUACCUCUGGUUCUCAUUUCCCUGGGAGAAUGCAGCAAUUGUUACACUUCCUCACUGUUCUGCUCUUUCAGUAGUGAAAUGGUUCUGAUCAUCUUAUAG